CUAUAGACACCGUGCAGCCGCUGGAAAACAGCGCACCGUAGUGGUGAAUGCACGCAACUUUUGUAUGAUAAUUAAAUAAUUUACCAUGGUUAUUUAUAUUAAUUAUUAUUAAAAAACUUAUAUUUAUUUUUGUUAUGUUUUUCAUAAUCACUAGUCAGUCACUACGAAAUAUAUCAAUGGGUGGAUUAUAAGUGGUUUAUAAAUUGUUGGACUAUUUAAUAUGAUAAAAUGAUAAGAUUUGAGAUUUCUACUACAUAAUGAUUCAACCAGAUAUCAUCUUUAACUGUGGCUUUAGAACCAUUACAUACAACUGUGAAUUUAAAAAUAAUAAAGGCGUUAAGUUGUUCGAAAGUGGUCAUGUGCACAAAGUAUCUGAAGUACAGCAGCCAAAUGGAUAUGGUACCAUCAAUGGUUAUGUUAUUAGGCAGACAUCAGUCACUCUGCCACCUUAUAAAGUUACAUUUGAAAUAGAUCCCUUUAGGAAUGUAACUCAUUGUUUUUGCGAAUGUCCUGCUGGAGCUGGAAAUAAGUGUAAGCACAUUGCUGCACUUGUUUAUUAUAUAAAUAAUGAAGAGAGUAAUUCAAAAACAAAUGUAGAACAAGAAUGGGGAAAGCCUUCAAAAUCAGGGGAAGCCAAGUACAAAAAAGGCAGAACCAUCGAAUAUCUAUAUCCUAAAAAGAAACAACAUUAUUCUAAAUCUGAAAGUAAUACAACUAACAGAACUAUUAGUCAUAAGGCACUUGUGAAUGAAUGUAAAAUAUUAGAAAUUCCUUGUAUUCUCAGUAAAAUGAUUGAAAAAGAAAUACAAAGUGAGGCUGAUAUUGAGUGUCAGAGAUGUUUAUUAGAUUUGUUAAAUGAGGUAGAAAAGUCAGUAGACAUUGAUUUUUUAAACUUUAUUCUCACCAAACAAAAUGCAUAUGAUAUUGCCUUACCACCAAUGAUAGGUUCUUACUUUCCAUUAAAUUUAAAUGAAAAUAAAUUUUAUAUGAAUAAUAUUGUAGUUGAUUUAAAACAAAUUAUAAACAUAUUUAACGAGACUAAAAUGCAGUCUGAGAGUAACAAAUGGAAAGAAGUUCGAAAAAAUAGAAUCUCAGCUAGCGUUAAAGCACAUAAGAUAAAAACUUGCAAAAAUUUAUCGGUUGAAAAUCAAGAAAGGUUAGCAGAGACUUUACUAACAGAAAAAGAAUUGGGUUAUCAGGGAAAAAUUAAUGUGUCUUAUGGUAACAAGUAUGAGAGUGAAGCAAUCAUGUUUUAUAGCAAAAUGUUUAGUAAUAUAAUUAUUCUGAAGUGUGGAGUAAUUGUUCAUUCACAAAGGCCAUGGCUUUGUGCAAGUCCUGAUGGUCUUGUUAUUGAAAACAAAGUUCCUAUAAAAAUUUUAGAAGUUAAAUGUCCAAUAUCAUGCCAAAAUAAACCUAUAUUUGAUCUAAAACAAAAAAAAUGUAAUUUGCCUUACUUAGAAUAUAAGAAUAAUAAAUUUUUUUUAAAAACAACACAUCAAUAUUAUACUCAGUGCCAAAUUUUAAUGUAUUGCACUGGUAUAAGUCAUUGUGAUUUAUUGGUGUACAAUAAGAUAGACCCACUAGUGAUUACAAUUGAGAAGAAUAUUUUAUUUUUACAAACCAUUUUAAAAAGACUGGAAUUUUUUUAUUUUCAUUUUUUCUUACCAAGAUGUUUGCUUGAAUAA